GCGGAAAUAAUGUUUAGUAAUAAAGUCACUUCAAAAUCGUAUUUAAACCCGUGUUGCAACAACGUAUGUUAUAAACGACACAAUCAUGCGGACAGCAAGCAUAACUUGUGUUCUGGUUGUUGCGUUGUCGCUUGUUCAUUGUAACAGAAUAUAUCGCGACCCUGCUCUGAUUCAACGCAUACCAAAACAUGUUAGGGACUCCAUCGACGCGGUUGUAGAGGAAAGAGUAAGACGCGCCGUUUCCACACAUUUUGGCGAUGAAGAUGAUGAUUAUUUUGUGAAAAACAGACAAAAAGCUUUAAAUGACGUGCUGGAACGAGAAAGACGGGACGUUGACAAUUCCACAAGUAAUUCCACAGCAGAAGCCAUCUAUUCACCAUGGACUGACUUUGGAUCAUGCACGGCUAAAUGUGGUGGCGGUGUGCAAGUUCGCAGUCGCACCUGUCUCUAUGGUAACUGUACUUCUUCAAAUUCAGAAGUCCGAGAGUGUGGCACACUACCAUGUGUAUCAGGUACGUACGUCCUGACCAGCAUAACUGCACUAUCGCGUAUUCCAAUGGAAGGAGCAAAAUCGUUCAAGAUAUUUCGUAUUAAAGGUUUAAGAUUCUUUGGUUACAUAACUGCAAGCCUAUUAACAAUUUCAAAAUGGAACCCAUUAACAAACGUAUUUGAAUUCCAUCAAAGUAUUCCUGUCACUCAAGGAAUUUCCUUCGACCUUAUGUCAACAUAUCCUCGUUUCUAUCUUGUUGUUAUUGAAAAAGCAAUUUCCAUAUUUCCUGGUCGAUUUUCCAAAAUGUAUUACUAUAAUCCCAUACUAACGAAAUUUGAUGCGACUCAAGCUAUUUCAUUUGAUGUCUGGAAUCCAUCCGCUGUAAAAACAUUCGAUGUGUUUGGAAAACCUUUCAUGGCAUUGGUUAACUACGAAACAAAAGUGUCCACAGAUUAUGGAUUCGAUAAAGAGGCGUUGAUUUGCGAUGGACAAUCAAGAACGGUCUCUUGUCCAACUGGAACCAUCAUUUCGAUAAAGAAAACCUUUUAUGGUCGUGUGUCUGCAUGGGAAUGUGCUGCCAACAUGGACUUUCUACUAGUAGCUAACCAAUACUAUAACUGGUGUGUCAUUCCGGGGGUAAAAGAAAGAAUCUCGCAGCUAUGUGAUAACAAAGAAUCAUGUUUAUUAACUGCACAAUCCAGCCUCCUCACCAAUUUGGAUUCUUGUUUACAAACGAACAAAUAUUUAAAAAUCAGUUAUUCGUGCGGACGCGUUUCGUACAUGGGUGCUCCAAUCUUCUAUCGCUGGGAUGGUAUUGGUUUAUCACUAGUAUCUGGAGAGAAAUUAGUGACGUAUGGAGCAAAGGAUGUUGAAGCCUUCUCUAUCCACAAUCAAAAUUAUGUGGCAGUAGCUAACUAUAUAAACGAUCAGAAAAGUCAUCAUUUGGAUUCUGAAGUGUAUGUUUACAACUUGCAUAGUGGAAGGUUUCAGAGUCUUCAAAGGAUUCGCACUGAUGGUGCUGUGGAUUGGGAAUUCUUCAAAGUAGGUGAAGGUUUGGCACAGGAAUACUUUUUAGCUGUGGCAAACCACGUGAAAGUCCUACCCAAUGGUAUUACUACUUUCGAAGUCGAAUCUGUUAUCUAUAAAUGGAACUGGAAUUUAUUCGUACCUUUCCAAUGCUUUAAAACAUACGGUGCAGUAAAGUGGACAGCUAUCACAGGUAUAAACGGAGAGUUUAUUUUGACCAUUGUCAACAAGUAUGGCAACACAACAUUCUAUGCCUACGACGGCUGGAGAUUCUACCAAACUAAGAUUCAGCCGAUGGACCCGAUUUUCAAGAACGCUCAAUCUCUUCAAAGCUUUCUACAACACGAUCAAACCAUGUUAAUAGUUCAAAACGAAGCUGUCAACGCAUCUAAUACUUACCAAAUAAGUUUCAUGCAAACCUUUCCAAAAUACGAAUUACUGGAAGAAACAUUGCUGGCAGUUGAAAAAUUAAAUCGCACUGUAUACGAAGAACUUAUACCACAAGUAAAAGCUUUCAAUGUUACUUAUGAAGCUGUGAAAGAGGAUAUUGUUUUUGUUGACCAAGAUUUUAACAUUACAGAUCAUAAGCUCUUCCGUACACUCAGCGUGGACAACACCACAUACGUUCAAACAGCCACAGUCGAGGAAGUAAAUCUGUCGCCUGCAGAGCUGGAUUUAAAAAGGCGUCAGGAUAUAGUCGCAUUCUUGAUAGAAAAGCAUAGAACUGAUGUCGUGGUUGCCAAUUCGCUUUUAAAUCGCACAGUUACGAUUUCGACUGACCAGGUUAUCAGUUCUGUUAAAACCUUUGUUAACGUUUCUGCAUCGACCCUCAAUCUUUCUGGUGCUAUUAAUAUAAAUGGUACACUCAAUGAUGUUAAUCUCUCUGAACUUAAUGACAAUGCAUUGUACAUUAACGAAAAUGCGACUAUUACAGCAAAGUUUACCUUUAACGAAAGCACAGUUCUAAAGAGGGAUUUGAUGGUCACUGGUUUACUAAACGACAUUAACCCUAAUGAAGUCAUCACUAUUGAUCGUGAUGAACUUAUUGUUGGCUAUAAAACCUUUCAAGGAGCUAAUUUUAUCAGUCGCACAAAAGUGCCAGAUCUCACCGUGGAUGGAUUUGUGAAUGGGAUGCAGCUAGAUCAAUUCUUCACUGUUACAGGAAACCAAACUAUAGAUGUUCCGUUCACCUUCAACAAUACAGUGAUAGUUCGUGGUAACGCUGAAGUGACGACCACUGUCAAUAAGAUGGAUCUAUCAACUGUGGCUUCAGAUGCAGUAUUAAUUAACGAAGAAAACGCUACCAUAUCUGCAGAAAAGUACUUUAAACAUGCAGAUUUUACUGGCAAUCUGGACAUGAAACCAUUAGCAACCAUCAAUGCCAUAGAUGUGUCAGAAAUUAAUAAGCAUGGCAUUCAUCUUGGUGCCGAUGAUAUCAUUAACUCAUCUCUUGUGUUUAUGUCGAAUGUCAGCUUUUUGGGACCAGUCACAGUUCAAGGCAGUGUCAACAACGAUAGCGUGCAUGAUGUCGUUUAUUUAAAUGUUCCUGGUAUCAUCACUGGUAAGAAGCAUUUUGAAAAUGAUUUGAAGUUAAAAGCCCCACUUACUGUUGAUGGUACGGUGAACAACGUCAACAUUUCAGGAGACGUAUUGGAUCGAAUUAAUAGCCAGACAAUAACAGGCGUAAAGACUUUCACCUCUGACGUAACAAUCAAGGGUGAUUUGCAAACAACAGGUUUAGUGGAUAAUGUGGAUGUUUCUGAAGCAUACGCUGACUCAAUCUUGAUGAACACAACACAAAAUAUUACAGGUUAUAAACAAAUCAACAACUUAACAGUAUCAACAUUAGAUAUCAAGAUGUGUGACUAUGAUUGCGCCUUACUGGACGUACUAACUAAACUGAAAUAUCAAACUGCUCGAAACGGAAGUGUUGUGGUUAUUAACGGAACAAAAACUUUUGUCAAUGGGAUGACGGUAAAUGCUGAUAUUAAUGUAGAUGGUAUGGUCAAUGGUAUUAAACUUCCUGCAGAUUUGCUCCUCCAAGGAGGUAACAAGACUCUGUCUGGCUACAACGUGUUUCAAGAAAAUGUCACCAUCUAUGGUCACAUAAACCUUACUACGAUAAACAACGUUAGUAUAUCAGACUUGUACGAAACAGCAUGGCGAAAAACUGAAAACAUCACUUUGACUGGCAACAAAACAUUUACUGAUGACGUUUAUUUUGGCGGAAAUUUGGACGUGUACGAAAAUAUUGACAGUAUCAAGUUUGAAGAUGUUGUUUUGUCGUCGACCAAUCAAACAGUCACUGGUAAUAAGACGUUCAAAGCAGACACGUAUGUAUACGACCUUUCUGUUCACAAUAUGACAACCUAUGGUUUUAUCGAUGGCGUAAACUUGACCGAUUUGAAUGAAGAACUAGUUAAGCUGUCGGGCGACGUAAUCAUAAAAGGAACCAAGGUAUUCACAAAUGAAGUUUCUUUUGCUGGCAAUUGGACCAUAGCAGGCUUAAUUGACGGUGUCAACAUAACAGAAUUGGACCAAACCGCUAUGCGUUUAGAGGGAGAUCAAGUUGUGACUGGAUUAAAGACGUUUACAUCAAGCGUAGAAGUGGGUGAUGAACUGACAGUCUCAGAGUUGGUCGAUGGGGUCAAUUUAACUGAGCUUUCCCUCUUUGCAAUAUUGAGAGACGGAGACGAGUACAAUGUUACUGGAAAUAUAACUUUUGAUCAUGUGACGGUAACAGAUAGCAUAAAGGUCGAUGGUUUGAUCAACCAACAAAAUCUAUCAGAAAUUGUAAAUGAUACUCUUAAAAAUUAUGGUGACCAGGUUGUUACUGGUAGUCACACUGUUUCUCAUCUUCACACGACUCAGAAUUUCGAUGUUGAAGAAACAGUAAACGACAUUGAGUUUGCCGAACAAGUGAUCCCACUGAAUGAAAGUAUCGUUGUUACAGGAACCAAGACAUUCACAGAGGAUAUACGUACAAACAACAUAGAUGUGGAUUACAUAAAUGGCAUUAAUCUGCAAAAUUUUUCCAGGCGUGUUUUAAAAGUAAAUGAAGAUGCAAACAUAACAGGUUACUUCACUUUUAACUCGGAAUUAUCACUCGAUAAUAACCUUACCGUCAAUGGCCUUAUUAAUACCGUCAACAUCACCGACAUCGUUUCGACGACGCUUACAAAACACGGCGAUCAAACAGUUUUCGUCCCCACAGUGUUUACCAACGUCAUAUUUGCGAACGACAUCGUCAACAGCGAUUCAUUCAACGGUAUCAAUCUAACAGAGUUCAGCAAAAACGUAUUUUACAAAUGUUACGGUAAGAACGGAAACAUCUCUGCUAAUUACACCUUCCAUGAUGUUGUUCUUGAAGGUGGACUUGACACUGAAGACUUAACUGUGAGUGGCCUCAUAAACAACCUGGAUCUGCAUCAGCUGCAGCAGGAGAUUGUAACAAUUUAUGGAAGACACAAUAUUACUGGCAAGAAACGCGUCUUAGGCUUUCUAUCAACUGUUAACCUGGACGCUGACACUAUAAAUGGCUACAAAGUUCCAGAUGAUUUUAUCUUGCUUACUCGAAACGAAACCAUCACUGGCAAGAAAAUAUUUUCGGAUGACUUAUCGGUAUUGAAUGACGUGACUAUAGCAGAUGGGAAAACCGUCAAUGGAUACGAUCUAUCUGAGUUUAAACACAAUAUUGUUCUGCUCAACGAUAGUGAUACGGUGGUUUCGCCAGUUGAGUUUUUGAACACAACCGUUGUGGCUAAAAAUUUGAUCGUUUCAACAAUCAACUCAGUUAACAUCUCAGCAAGUAAACUGCUUCUGUCAAACGGAAAUCAGACUGUAGUUGGUAGCAAAACCUUCCUCGCUGUUCAUUCUGAGAAAGAUAUAAUCAGCGCAAACGACGUGCAGGGUUUUGACUUGCACAAGAUGGAAACCGAAACUGUACUUUCUGGACGUCAAAAUACAAUUUCUGGCAAGAAAACGAUAGUGGGUAAUGUCACUGUUACAGGUAAUGUGGAAACCAACUUCGUGGAUGACGCUAAUGUAACAACGUUAUUUUCUGGUUUCAACAAAAUAUCUAACUUCUUAGACCGAGAUUUAGUGCAUUUAAACAAAACAAUUGCUUUGCACAAGAAGAUUAUUUCGCAACUCUCUGACUCCAUUGACAACAUUCAUCAAAAUAUCGAAUACUUCACUGAGGAACAACGAAUUUUUUUACCAUAUAUUUCAAUUUCCAUGGACGUGUUGGUUGAUCAAAACAAAACGUGGCUUGCAAUUCCAGCACUGAGUGACGUUGAUGGUCGUUCUUGCACAAAUUCAAGCGUUUACACCAAAGCAUAUGAUGGCAAUUUCACUAUCCACACGGUUGUCUUAGGCAAUGCUGUCACAAAUGUCAAGCUUAUCAAGAAGAAUGGCUUGUAUCUGGUGUCUUCUUCCAAUAAAAUCAACGACGGUUGCUUUCCAACACUCCCCGUAGCAAACGAACUUAGCAUGACAUAUCAAUACAACAACAACACGAAUACAUUCGAUCAAUUGACACAAGUCAAUACGAGUAAAGCUGCGUUCGUGAAUACUUUCAUGAAAGGAGACGACACCCUGAUGCUGUACACUAACACGUACAACAAGAAAAAUCAUUCGACAUGCGUCAACCAAUCGUUAUAUUUAUUUGAAACGAAUACUUACACUUGGUCAGCAUCAGUACCUGCUUGUGACGUCAUCAAAUCCAUUGUUAUUGACAACAGCGCUGAAGUUACCACUAUUGCCAUAUUGCGAAGGAGUUUUGUAGUGGAAAUUUAUAACAUCUACACUAAUUCUACACAGCAUCUGAAACAAACCAUACCUACAUUUUCUGCUUCUGACGUGACACUGUUUUCUACGUCUUUCGGAACAUUCCUCGCCAUAGCCAACACGUACCAAACGAGCACAGAAGCCUUGGCUACAUCCUAUUCUGUCCCUGUUUCUGUAUACAGUAAAACAUCGGACGGCAUGUUCACACACUAUCAAGAUAUUGACGUAGCAUCAGCCAUUCGUGUAAAAUCUUUCGAAUUAGGUGUAUACAGUUAUUUAGCUAUUGCGAAGUACAACCAGGAAAUUUUGAUAUUAAAGCACAAAGGUAUCGGAAAAUGGGUAACAGAAUUGACCAUACCAAUUCAAGGUUUAGGCGGCAUCAAAGAUUUUAAAUUAUGGAAGGCAUUUGAUGACGUGUAUUUAGCUGUCUUGUCCAACGACCAGUGGAUUGAAAAAUUUCCAUCCAAAGUACGAGUUAUGAAGGCUGUCCUUUCGACUGCUGUUGAAGGAAGUGUCGUGAAAGAGAAAUUACAACAAUAAAUAUAAAAUUAUUUAUAAUUAUACGAAAAUUAUUAAAUGUGAUGUAGAUAGAAUAUGUAAAAAAAUAUAUACAUAAAAAAUUUUUCAAAAAAAUACACCAA